UUGAAAUGAAUAAAUUAUUUGCUUAAAUUCUAUAAAAAUUUUAAUUUAAUGAAAUAUAAAAAUAACUCCCUUUGCAAUAAAAAUGACUCCAGGUGCCUCUCCAAAUCUUGCCCAAACAAUUCAACAUGCCAUGGUUUUGCAAAAGACAACAAUUGCCCUUGUUUAAACACAACCAUGAAUUUGGACAAAGACUGUGAGAACAUGACAGAUCCUUGAUUCCCCAAUCCCUAUCAAGGAAAUGCCACUUGUGUGAACACCCCAGAUAAAAGGAGCUUUCUGUGCCAAUUUCCCCCUGGGUAUCACGGGACGACCUGUGAAACUGCCAGAAGCUCCUGCGGCUCCUGCCAGCACCGGGGGACUUGUCCCAAGGACCCUGUGCAUCCUGUGUCCAUCUGCCCUGCUGGAUAUGCUGGAAGAUUCUGUGAGCUGGACCACGACGAGUGUGCUUCUGGCCCUUGCCACAAGGGGGCAGUGUGCCAGGAUGGACACAAUGGCUACUCCUGCUUCUGUGUCCCUGGAUAUCAAGCCAGGCACUGUGACUAGGAAGUGGGUGAAUGUGUCUCAGAUCCUUGCAGAAAUGAGGCUACGUGCCUCCACAAGGUCGGAAGAUACACUUGUCUUUGUCCCCGAGAUUAUUCAGGUGUAAACUGUGAAUUGGAAGUUGAUGAAUGCUGGUCCCAGCCCUGACUAAAUGGUGCAACGUGUCAGGACGCUCUGAGGGUGUAUUUCUGUGACUGCACCCCUGGGUUUGUAGGGGAGCAUUGUGAAGUCAACAUUGAUGAGUAUACCAGCGAGCCGUGCCUCCAUGGGGGACUGUGCGUGGAUGGAGGCAACAGAUACAGCUGUAACUGCACAGGGAGUGGAUGUACAGGGACACACGGUGAAACCUUGUUGCCUCUAAGUUGGUCAAAACCCUGUCACAACAAUGCUACAUGUGAGGGCAGUGCUGACAGUUACACUUCUCACUGGCCUGGAUACACAGGGGCCCAGUGUGAGACCGACAUCAAUAAAUGCAUGGGUGACCCCUGCCAGUCUGGUGGGGAGUGUGUGGAGCUGUCCUCACAAAAACAACAUGGCCGCCUGGCUGGGCCGCCGUCCUCACUCAGCAUCCCCGCAGCUUCCGGCUACAUUUGCCUCUGUCCACCUGGAUUCACAGGAAUCCACUGUGAAGAAGACGUGGAUACAUGUUCUUCAAGCCCUUGUCAAAAUGGUGGCACUUUUGAGAACUUGCCUGGGAAUUAUACUUGUCAUUGCCCAUUUGAUAAUCAGUCUGGAACAUUCUAUGGAGGAAGGGACUGUUCUGAGAUUCUCCUGGGUUGCACCCAUCACCAGUGUCGAAAUCAUGGACUAUGCAUUCCUCACUUCCCAAAUGGCCAGCAUGGAUUCAGUUGCUUCUGUCCAUCUGGCUACACUGGGUCACUGUGGGAAACUGUUACCACACUGUCUUUUGAAAGCAGUGGCUUCCUGUGGGCCAGUGGCUCAGUAACAGCUGCGGGCUCAGUCUGUAAUGAAGCCCUCAGGUCUCGGGCUGUUCAGCCAAGGGCACUUCUCCUUUUCCGAGGUCACAAGGAUGCUUUUAUAAUGCUGGAGUUUCUAGGUGGCCACAUUCACUUAGGAAUUCACGUCCAUAGUACGUCAAAGGUGCUGCUGUCUAUUUCCCACAACACCAGUGAUGGAGCGUGGCAUUCAGUGGAGGUCAUGCUUGCACAGAACGUGACCCUCAUUUUACUGGACGACGCCUGUAUGGGCCCGUGCGUCACGACAGCCCCUUCUCCAUUUGAGAGUCAGCAGCGAUCAGUAUGUGCUUGGGACUCCUUUCUGGGUGGUUUACCUGUGGAAACGGCCAACAGCAGUGCUUCGCUCAACAUCUAUAACCUACCAGCCACAACUUCCUUCACAGGCUGCCUCCAAGACCUUCAACUUGGUGCGACUCUCAUUACCCCGGAGAACAUUUUAUCUGGCUCGUCGUUCAACGUCAGGGCAGGCUGUGUGCGAAAGGACUGGUGCGAAGGCCACCCUUGUCACAACCGAGGAUGCUGCACCAACCUGAGACUCAGCUACUGGUGUGACCACCACAGGCCCUAUGGAGGCGGGAACUUCCUGAGAGAGUAUGUGGCAGGCAGAUUUGGCCAAGAUGACUCUGCUGGCUAUCUGUUGUUUUACCUUGACAAGAGUUAUGGAGAGAACGUCACCCUCUCCCUGUUUGUGUGAACACGUCGGCCGUCAGGCUUAUUUCCAACUUUGGGAAACAGCACCCAGAACCUCCGUGUCUGUCUAGAGUGUGGCAGGCUGGCGAGGCUCAGUCCACCUUCUUCCAAAUUACAGGCAAACUUUGUCCUUAGCGAUGGAAAAAUCCACUGCAUAUCUUUGAAAAUCAAGCUGGAUAAAACUGAACUGUAUCAGUCUUCACAAACCCUAGGAUUGAUUUCUGCUCCUACCAGUACAUGGAUAAUCCAAAGAGGCGAUGUCCGCUACCUUGGUGGCCUGCCUGACAGGCAAAAGACUGACGUUUAUGGUGGAUUCUUCAAAGGCUGUAUCCAAGAUAUAAGAUUAAACAACCGAAACCUGGAAUUCUUCCCAAACUCAACGAGCAAUGCAUCUCACAAUCCAAUUCUUGUCGAUGUGACCCAAGGCUGUCCUGGAGACAUGUGCGAGUCCAGGCUGUGUCACAACAGAGGUAUUUGCCACACCCUGUGGGAUCACUUCUCGUGCUCCUGCCCUGUGAACACAGCUGGGAACACCUGUGAGGAAGUGCAGGGCUGUGAACCCAGACCAUGCCCUCCCACGGCCCAAUGCCAGUUGGUGCCUCAAGGAUUUGAACGUGCUGCUAAUGCCGUUUUUAAUAGACAAAGCAGUGUGACGUUAUUCAGGAGCAAUAGGAAAAUCAGCAGAGAACUCACCAAUAGCAUCACGUGCGGUGUCAGGAUGCGGGGUGCUAACGUGACCACACUGUACGCAGAGAAGGAGCCUGAGGUUCUUAACAUCAGCAUUUGAGAUUCCAGAUUGUUAUUCCAACUGCAAAGCGGCAACAGUUUCCAUAAGCUGAGUCUGACGAGUAUGCAGUCAGUGGAUGAAGGCAUGUGGCACCAUGGGACUCUUUCCAUGACAGACCCACUGGCCCGGGCCUCCACGUGGCAGAUGGAAGUGCACAACCAAACCCCUUCUGUGACCAGUGCAGUGGCCACUGGAAGUCUCAGCUUCUGGAAGAAGAAGACAGACAUUCACAUGGGUGACCGAGCUGCUGACAACACGCGGGGCCUGCCAGGGUGUGUGAGCACAACAGAAACCGGUGGCAUUUCUCUCCCUUACAUUGAAAAUGUUCAUGGUUUCAUGAACAAACCUCAGGAAGAGCAGUUUGUCAAAAUCUCUGUGAAUUCCAGGGUUCCUGGCUCUUUGCAGUUAGAUGCCUGCAACUCCAACCCUUGUCUGCAUGGAGGAAACUGUGAAAACAUCUACAGCUUUUAUCACUGCUCCUGUCCUGUGGGAUGGGCAGGGCCACACGGCGAACUCAACGUUGACGAAUGCUUUUCAAACCCCUGUAACCAUGGCAAAUGCUCUAACAGAGCUGCCGCCUAUUACUGCAGGUGCGAGCCUGGGCACACUGGUGUCAACGGUGACGUGGGUAUAGACAAUUGCCAGAGUUACCAGGGUGCAAAUGGGGCCACCUGCAUCAGUGACACCAGGGGCUAUUCUUGCCUCGGUUUUGGAAAUUUCACAGGAAAAUUUUGCAGAGACACGAGAUUACCCCCAACAGUUUGUGGGAAUGAGACAAAUCUCACUUGUUACAACAGAGGAGACUGCGCUGAGUUCCAGGGUGAACCCCAAUGCGUGUGCCGGCCAGGCUUCACUGGGGAAUGGCUGUGUGAAAGGGACAUUGAUGAGUGCGCCUUGGAUCCGUGCUUCAACGGUGGCCUGUGCCAGGACCUGCUCGAUGGAUUCCAGUGCGUCAGUGAAAUUCCCGGCAUCAGUGAGCACUGUGAGGCGGACCUAAGCGGUGGCUGGAUCACUGACAUUUUCACUGUCGCUGGCUCAGUGACAGUGGCCUUUUUGGUCCUUGCCCUGGAAGUUGUUGCUUCUACUGUCAACUCCAACAAAAGGGCCACUCAGGGAACCUACAGCCCGAGCUGGCAGGAGAACGAAGGUCCUUGAGUGGAGAUGUGGAGCCGGGCACUGCCGCCUGCGAUGGAGAGACUGGGUUAG